AUGCCUCGGCUUAUUCCGGAAGUACGCAUAGUCGAGGUUGGCCCUAGGGAUGGACUGCAGAGUAUCAAAAAUGCUAUCCCGACAGAAACUAAAAUCGAGUUAAUACAUCGGCUUCGAAAGGCAGGUUUACGGGCAAUCGAGCUCACCUCGGUAGUUUCUCCGCAUAGAAUACCCCAGCUAGCAGACUGCCAGCAAGUUCUGGCAGAUCCUACCAUCAAAUUGCUCCUCGCAAAUGAGCAGGAAGAUCUUCGAUUACCUGUGCUUGUGCCUAAUACGAAGGGACUUGAAAUUGCACUAUCUCAUGAUGUAAAAGAAGUGGCCGUUUUUGUCAGCGCCACAGAGGGAUUCAGCAAGGCCAAUAUCAACAGUACGGUACAACAAGGGAUUGAAAAGGCCCGCACAGUGGCACAGAAAGCGAUUGAGGCGGGAAUCGCAGUGAGAGGAUAUGUAUCUUGCAUUUUUGUGGACCCAUAUGAUGGCCCAACAAAACCAUCAAGUGUCUUGCACUGUGUGAAAGAGCUGAUAGACAUGGGCUGCUAUGAAGUCAGUCUCGGCGACACCACAGGAGCUGGCACCCCAGCAAAAGUCACGUCGCUAGUUAGAUUCCUAGAGAGAAACGGUAUUCCUUUAGACCAGCUGGCUGGUCACUUCCAUGAUACGUAUGGACAGGGAGCCGUAAACGUUCUACAGGCAUAUCUUUGCGGAAUUCGUGUUUUUGACAGCAGUGUUGGUGGCUUAGGUGGAUGUCCAUUUGCACCGGGCGCAAAAGGGAACGUAUCAACGGAAGAUCUUGUCUUCAUGUUCCACAAUGCUGGAAUAAACACAGGGGUUGAUCUAGCCAAACUUGCUGAGAGUGGAAGAUGGAUCACAGAGCGACUCAAACAGCCAGGCAGUCGGAGCAGUCAGUGUGUGAGAGAACUUCGGCCAAGAGAGAAGAAGUCGCGGCUAUCUUCUUUUCGACCGGUGGUGUAUGUAAAGGAGUCGUGGAACCGCGUAAAAUACUCGGACAGCCUCCACAUAUACCAGACCGGAACUGAUUUGAAUGUGGUCUUGAAUCGACCGAACAGCGGAAAUGCUCUUACCAAGUCCAUGAUUUCCGGGUUGAUUGGAUGCUUUAGAAACCACAGCUCCAAUCCCUUGAUUUCUCGUAUCAUUCUCACAGGAAACGGCAGGUAUUUCUGCACCGGUCUGGAUGCGCGGAACAAAAAUGGAACAAACAGUGAAAGAAAACCUCGGUUCGAUGAUCUCAUGCAACUAUUCGAAAUGAUAGACCAGUCCCCGAAAACCGUUAUUGCUUGUCUCAAUGGCCAUGCCCGUGGUGCUGGAGCCGCCUUGGCUUUUGUUUGUGAUCAGCGAGUUAUGGUGAAAACAGCGACUGUUGAUCUCAGCGAGACCAGGAGGAGACCAUUCCCAGUAUUUGUAUCACGGUACGGGGGUUUGGAAUGGAAACACACACUUGGGUCGGAUGCAAUUUCGUCAUCACGUCCUAUCACCGGAACAGAGCUGAAGACUCUGGGGUUAGUUGCAGAAAUCGCGGAAGGACAGAAAGAUCUACGGAUGAAAUUAGAGACACAUUUGAAUUGCCGGGGAACAAUCACCAAAAAUGGAUGUUUGGCCAACAAAGAAAUCGACUCGGAUCAGUCGGAGCGAUAUAAGUUGGCUAGAAUGUAA